ACAGAAGAUAGCUCAGUGUGUGCUUUGAGGAGAGAGCAUGGACAUAUAAUUCACUUUUUGUAGAAUUAUUAGAGAAAUGACAACUUUAGAGACCUCAGCAAACAAGAUUAGAGAAACACACAAUGAUUACGAAAUUAAUGAUGAUUUCACUGCAGAUGAGCAUCCUCUUUAUUCAAAUGUGUCCAGGUUCAUAGUCAGAGAUGGACCCAGAUCAAGGCCUUACCAACUGGCAACUAUAAGUCUGGGCAUCAUGAGUGCUGUAUUAUUGGCCAUUAUAAUAGGACUAAGUGUUCGCAUUAACAGGGUGAGUGAUGAUCACAACAGCUUGUCUCUCAACUCCUCCAGGAUCAAUUCUGAACUUGCACAGCUCAGAUCAGACCACAAAAGCCUGAUUGAGUCCAAAAAGGCACUUCAGGAGAAGCACGAUGAAGACACAAAACAGAUCAAAUCACUAGAGGCAAACAUUGCCGUGGAAACAAGACUGAAGACUGAACUGCAAUCUCAGAAUCGUGACCUGAGGGAAGAGAAAAGAAAACUGAAGUCUCAACUCACAAAUCUUGAAGAAAACUGUGGCCAGUGCCUACCAAACUGGCUGCUGAUGAACAACACCUGUUAUUUCUUUGCUGUGUCUGAGAUUAUUCCACGCAAAGGCUGGGCUGCGGGCAGGCAAGAGUGCACCAAAAAAGGAGCAGACUUACUUGUUAUAAAUUCAAAGGAGGAGCAGGAGUUCAUUUCGGACACCUUAAAGGCACUGAGGUACAAUUUAUCAUUUAGUUAUCGAAAUGGAUUCUGGAUGGGACUGAAGGAUGACCAAACAGAAGGGGUCUGGAAAUGGCUGAAUGGGACACUUAUGACUGAAGGAUACUGGAUGGAUGGAGAGCCAAAUGAUGACUAUGGAAUUGAAGAUUGCGCAGCUGUAUAUCCUACCAACAAUCCAAUGAAGUCCUGGAAUGAUGUACCAUGUUCACACCCAUUAAAAUGGAUUUGUGAGAAGGAAAUAACUAAAACACCCUAGAAUCCAAAGCAUUCAAGGAACAUAAUGAAAUCACCAUUGUAUUAUAUUUUAAUCAUAUAAAAAUUUUACUAUAAGAUUUUAUAAAAAGUAAAAAAUGUUACUCUUAACUUCAGUGUAAGUGUUUCUUGCUACUUUGGCAGCUUGGAACAUUUUACCUGUUCUAAAAUAUUGCUGUACAGUAUCAUCGCAAAAAAAAAACAUGACAGUUUUGAAGUGUUUAAUUUAUCAAAACAAAUGUGUUAAAGCAAAACAGAAUCUUGCUGGUGAAGUAAAAUCAGGCUGUUUUGAAGUCAUUAUCACUAAGGUAAAGCCCACAAAUUAGGAUAUAAGCCCACCAAAGGAAAUGGAGCUUCAACUGGACAAGAUGUUACUGAAAACACACAUUGUGAAUAAAAUGACCUUUGAUAUGUGGUUAACUUCUAA